CCAUUCUAAAUGUUAUCAUUAUUUUUGCUGAGGGGGAGGGGCCUGCAGUCGAGUCCUGCACGUGCAUGACGUGCAAGUAAGUGAUGCGGCGAAUAUCUAAGCAGUUGAUCAGCUCUCGGCAUAAUUCAGAAUGAGGUUGCGCUGGGGCAUCUGCACCGCUGGGCAUAUCAGCAAUGACUUUGUGGUGGCACUCAGCACUCUCCCCUCUGAGGACCACACGGUGGCUGCCGUGGCUGCCAGGUCCGAAGAGAAAGCCAAGCACUUUGCCGACAAGCACAAGAUUCCGGUGGCCUACGGGGGGUAUGAGGCCCUUGCUGCAGAUGGUAGUGUUGAUAUUGUCUACAUUGGUGCAUUGAACCAUGUCCAUCUACCCCUAUGCAAGCUGUUCCUGGGCAAGGGCAAGAACGUUCUCUGUGAGAAGCCCCUUGGUCUGAACAGGAGAGAGGUCCAAGAAAUGAUUGACCUGGCCAAGGAGAAGAACGUCUUCUUCAUGGAGGGUUGGUGGAGCCGUUUCUUCCCAGCAACUGUCAAACUGCGUGAGAUCCUAGCUGCUGGUCUUAUUGGCGACGUAAAGGUUUUCAAUGCAUCGUUUGGCUUGCCAAUAAGUUCUGUUGAAAGAAUAGCAAAUAAAGAUGUUGGAGGCGGAGGUCUGUUGGACUUGGGCAUCUAUCCUGUGCAGGAAGCCCUCAUGGUAUUUGGAGAGGCUCCGUUAUCAUGCAAGACUACCGGCACCUUAACAGAUUCAGGUGUGGAUGAGACAACUGCUACUACAUUGUUGUUUCCCAACAAGGCUGUCGCAACACUGAGCACAAGCACCGUGGUGAAACUCCCCAAUGAAGCGGAGAUAAGAGGAACCAAAGGUCAAAUCAAGGUGCCUUGCCCGUUUUGGUGCCCUACAAAACUUGAGGUGACAACCUCCAUUGGAGAGGCUGAUCUGAAGACCGAGCUGUACGAGUUUCCCCUGCCAAAGGCUGACAAUAGCUUCCUCCACGUCAAUAGUGCUGGCUUCCGAUAUGAGGCAGAGUGUGUGCGACAGUGUCUUAUGAAAGGUCUGAAAGAGUGUCCAACUGCAUGCCUAGAAGAGAGUUUGCAGGCGGCCGAGAUCCUGGGCAGUGCCCGGCGUGAUGUGGGCUAUAAAAUACCUGCAGAUGACCUUUGACCUCUAACUCUAAAGGUCAUACCCCCCUUCAUAACCCUAUACCUAGGAAGCAACAGCAAUCAAGUAAGCUAUAGUUUAGAACCAAUUCGCCAGACACAUCACCUCUGCACUUGUGCGCAAUAACAGUGAUGCACGAGCUCACCAGCAAGUGCAAAAAGUUGUGAUUUAACAGAGGUUCAACCUGAUAUGAUUUAUGUUGCUGAAUCAUGAUUGUUUCAAUUGAUAAAUAUCUUGAAAAAUUACCCCUUUUUGUUGCUUGAUGUAUGACUAAAUUUAAGAUGGAAUGUUCUGUUUUUGUUUGAAAAUUUAAAAAUGGCUCAACGUCAUCUUUUUUUUAUAGAAGAUAUUGUAUAACAUUUGACAGUUUGAAGGGGUAUUUUUGGAAAUUUUAUGACAAAAAAAUAUAUAUAUAUAUAAUAAUAGU